AUGGGCCGUGCAGACGCGGCAGCCUCGCGUGCGUUCACUGUUGGCACGCCUGAGCCGGAGUCGGCGGACUGGCAACCAGCCCGGGGUGGGAUAUGGGUAAUUACAGGGGCCAUGAGAAUGGGUGUGUCUCGGCGUGGGGAGAGGCGGCCGCCGCCGGCCCCUCUUGUCCUCCUGUCCUCCUGUCCUCCUGUCCUCGCUGCCUCAGCUGGGCUCGCCCCGUCUCGCCCGACACCUGAACCACCUGAACCAGCCGGAGCCAGUCUCACUCGCUCUCUCUUGCCCCCGCCCCGUACCCGUCCCCGCUGCCGCUCCCGCCCCCGUCCGUCUGUCUGUGUGUCUACCUGCCGAGUGUCUGUAUGCGCUGCCGCGUUGGCUGCCGCCGUGACCAAGUGGAGUGGCGCAUUUAGCCUGCUUGCAGUGCCGCCGGUUGCAUGGCUCGCCUCCUUUCGCUCCUCCUCCUCAUCCUCUUCGUGGCGCCGACCCUUCGGGUCUGAUUGGUCUCGAGCUGAGGCCGACGGGAAGCAGUCGAGGCAUGCCGGCGGUCGAACGCAGCACGACUGGCGCCUGCGCAUGCGACGUCGGCGCGUAGUCGGCCAAAUGUGCUGCCCGGCGCGAGCAUCGUCGUCGGCCGUCGGCGAUCGGCACGAGCUGCAGCCGGACGGGUUAUCAUCGAUCGACGAGCCGCUGAAUCUGGCCAAGCCGAAGGCGGCGUCGCUGACACAGGCGCCGCUGCUGUCGCCCGACGCAGAGGCAGACGCCGCCGCCGCCGCCGCGGGCGCCUCGUCCGCGCUCGUCCGUCUAUCCUCUGCCGCAGAUCCACAGAUGGGCCUCGGCCUCGGCCUGUUGGCGCAGGCCGGCCAGGCCGUCAUCCUCUUGCCCGCGCCGCCCGGCCUCGUGCCCGAGUGCCUGCUGACGCGAGCUGCGGACGCCGGGCUGACGGCCUCCUGUGCGUCUGGCCAAUCAGUGGCGGCGCCUGACUCGGACUAUCUGGUGGCCUGGCUGCACGGCGUGCAGGCGGCCGUCAACUCGAUCCUGGCGCCGCGCCUGUUGGCCGACAGCCACGCAGCCGCGGCUGCAGUCGCCGCAGUCAGUCCGCCCGGCGGCCCGCCAGGGCCGACAGUCUCGCGGGUCGUCUCGCUCGCCGCAGACACGCACAGGCACACGCAGGCCGACCAAUCGGAGCCUGACCUGGAGUCGGCGUGCGUGGGCGUUUUGCGGCCCGAGGCGCCGGUCGGGAAGCCAGAGCCAGAAGGGCCGCCGCGCGCGGCGCGCCUGGCGCAGGCGUCAGGACGGCCCGCCUCGCCGGCCUCCGACGCGUCGCGCGUCUCGACGCCCGCCUCGGCCGCCCAGCCGACCGCGCCGCGACCGGCCCGACCGCCUCGGCGGCCCGACGACGUCGGACCGGGCCGCCGCGGCCUGACCGAGGUGCGCCGUGCCAGAGCGAACGCGCGCGAGCGCAGUCGCGUGCACACCAUCAGCUCGGCCUUCGAGGCGCUGCGCCGCUGCGUGCCCGCCUACUCGGCCUCGCAGAAGUUCUCCAAACUGGCCGUGCUCCGCAUCGCCUGCUGCUACAUCGAGACGCUGGCCGCCUGUCUGCAGGAGACGACCGGCCGGCCACAAUUGCACACCGCCCCCACCCUCGACGUGCCUCGGCUACGGCCCAACCUCACCUUCGAGGAGUGCGCUCGCCGCCUUGCUCACACAAUGAACCACGAGGGCAAACUGAAACACUGACCCCCUGCGCCGCAGUCUUUCACUUGUCUCAACAGCCUCGGCACACUCCAUUCGCCGCUUCUGAUUGGAUUGUCGUCAAAUUUGAAUAAAUCGCCGUCAAUUUUGACACCUUUCGCCUGCUCGCCUCUUCUGGCGCCGACAUCCCGUCAUCAACGGAGCCCACAGGCAGCCUUCAACGAUGGCUUUCCCGCAACCUUUCUGGCGGAAGCUGAGCCCACUCUGGCUCUGACAGCUGAUCGUCGGUGUUGGUGCUGCCUCGCUUUUGCUCACAGCCUGCCUUCAAGAGUGUCUACGGGGUUGCACCCGGUUUCCGCCAUUUUGGUUGUGUUGUCUGGCCUCGUGACAACCUCGGCAUCGCAACGUCAAUGUGACCGGGUGCAUCGGUCGAGCGCAAUUGCUGCCCUCUCCACGCCAUGCCAUCGCGUAAAAGCGCCAGUUUAA